AUGAACAUCCAAGCUGCCCCAACAAGUCAUAGCAACCUUCCGCCCAAUGUUGAGCCGGAGUGUCGCCCCAAAGGCAAAUCUGUCAUUCCUGCACCUCGCCAAGGCUCCAAGGAAUACCCGAAAGAGAAAUUUUAUUCCUUCCAUAACAACACUCCUCCUGCCUGUAGCGGUGUGGACAAGUUUCUCAACACGCAAUUUGGAGAGAUGGAUUUGAACAGUGGUAGUGGCAGUAGUAGCUCUAGCUCUAGCUCUUCCUUGCCCAACAACAGUCUAUUGAACGGCAACAGCAGCAGCAGCAGCAGCAACUUCAGCCAAAUCAACUACGAACGUCUCGAUCACAGUUUCAAUACCAGUCUGCUGUCCCACGACCUUCCCAAGAUUCUCGAAGACAACAGCAUGCACGACGAAGAGAAACAACAACAGCAAAUUCUCAAGCGCCAAAUAGUCCUUCCAGACGUUACCAAGUUUUGCGAGGAUACGGACUCGGAUUCUUCCGAUGAUGAUUCUUCCGACGAUGACGGCAGUUGUCUUUCCGAUGGUCCGCUCAACGAUGAUGUUGACAAUGACGACGAAGCGCCUGCCAUUACUAGACUGUCGGAACACAAGUCCGAACAUAGCCUGUACGAACGACGGGAAUCCUCUGAUGACGGCAGCGAUUGGGAAGAGGAUAGUUGUGGCGAUGAUGAUGAGUACUGA